CGGCUGGCUCAGUAGUGACUGCCUGACUGGUGCAGUAACAAUCCUGCUUGGAACUGAUCGAGACUAAAUUGCGACGCCGCCUCUCGCUGUGUUUCGCGUGUUAGUAAUAACAAAUCCCACCCUGCCCCGAGCUGGGCUUUGCGUCCGAUACUGACUAACGACAAUAAGUAAGAAGCGUUGGGCGCUCUGUUGUUAUACCUACGUAUCGCGAAAAGAAAGCGAGACGGUGAAACGGAGAGAGACAGAGAGUGCGAGGGCGUUUUGCAGCUGCGGUCACACGGCCGAUUAUUUGAAACGCGAUUACUUUACUUUCGUUAGUUUUCACAUGUAAAACGAAAACCUAACCGGUGUAUACGGCUUCCCAUUAUUAUUCUCAACUACUCUUAACAGCUUUAUACCGUUCAUCGAUAAUGCAACAACGAUCUUGUCGCACGAAACUUCGAGAUAUUUCUACGAUGUGACACGGAACUUUGACGAUCGACGGCGUGUCUAUCCGUAUCCGUAUAUCCGACGGAGUGAAACUGUUCUCGGUUUUCGUGUUUGUUUGUGUUUGUUUGGUUGUUUUUUAUUUUUUUGUUUUUUUGUGUGUUACUCACUGUGUUUGUGUUGCUUGAACGUAUCGGCGAAAAUUGACGAGAUACAAAGAAACGGAGACGAAUCGCCGAUACAGAAGGCGGACGUAAGCGUUGUUAUUAUGACAACUUCGGAGUGCCGCUGCAGCUGCGACGAGGUCGCGGUCGGUUUUCCGUAGCCAAGGGGUGAAUAGAGAUUGAAAAGAAGAGCAUCGCUGGCUCCGUUAACUUCUAUCCAACGCGUAUUGUUCGCUUGUUUGUCGGCUCUCGGAAAUAUUUCGCGGCGCGAGAAAAGUGUGUGAGAACGUACAUUGCAAAAUUAUUGCGCGAUAAAAGUAAGAGAAUAGUAACAAAAAAUCAUACCACGUGUCCGAAUCUUCGUCGUUUCCCUUGUUCUCGAUUUCGGAUGAAAACACGCCGCUGUCUGUGGACCGAGGAACGGCCGUUCCGGAACGUCGAAUAAACAAUCGAAAAUCGUAGCUCCGCCACCUAACGAGUCAGCACGGUUAGGCCUUUUGUUACCCUUAAAGUGCGGGAAAUUAGUAAUGGCGCCUAGACGACACGCCAACGGUCACGGAGGGUUGCUCGAGGGCGGUGGAAACGAGCUUGCGGACAUGGUGGCCAACGGAAACGGUGGUCAUCAGCAGCACAACAACAACAACAACAACAACAACGGAACAGCCGUAACAACAACACGAUGCUGCGCACCGAGCGGCGAGUGUCUGAGAGGCGAUUCACCGAUCCGAAUGGGCCUGCUUCAGGAGGCGGUGAAGGUCACCUGCAACAACGAGAGCUGUCCGGUGGGUCAGUUUAUGCAUAGAGAGUGCUUCGAGGCGUGGGAACAGACGGUACUGACCUACCUUAAGGGCUGCGGACGCGCGAGGAGCUGGUCCGAAAGACAGCGGCAUCAAAACCUCUGGACCAAGAAGGGUUACGACCUGGCGUUCAAGGCCUGCGGCUGCCGAUGCGGCAGGGGUCAUCUAAAAAAGGACCUCGACUGGAUGCCACCCGGAUUGGGAUCAGCCGUCGGGCAGCGGCCCGAGGACGCCGAUGCGAAGAAGAAGAAGCGUCGCAACAGGCAGAACACAAGGCCCUCGCUCGCCAUAUCGGCCGGACACCCGGGGCCUCACGGUGGGCCCGUUACCAGGUCCUCCGAGGUACAGAUGAUCGAGUCGAGUCGCGGAAGGGCCGGAUCGCUGUCCUCGAGUACCGGGUCCAGUUCACCCCCAGCUACAAGCGAACCCUCCGUCAGUCCUCUUCAUCAGCCGCAGUCCGGUUCCAAGAAGAAAAACAAGGUCGACUUCUUCAGCGAUCGCGCUAGGCAAAGCUGCGGAGCUAAUGGAAUCUUCUCAAGGCGUCUCGACUUCAGAGCCUUCAACAGCCUGCCGAGGACGAAAUUGAACUCCUAUCACAUCAAGAUGGAGGACGAGGGUAAUCACGGCAACGACGAUACGAGGUGCUUCAUUUUAUCGACCUUGGCUGCACUCCAGUGGUCCAGGGUAUCUUGCGUUCUAUGCAGGGCCGCUAUGCUCGUUUUUGAUAGGUAUCCGCUCGUCGAUGGAACAUUCUUUCUGUCGCCUAGGCAACACUCGAUUUCCUGUGCCGAGGUGAAGGUAGAGGGUCGCACACAAUUCUUGUCUGCCGUUUGCAUGAGCUGCCUUGAAGGUAGCGGUGGGGCUCCUGUUCGUUGUCGCAGCUGCACACAACCCUGGGACGGUUCAAGUCUGGUACUUGGAACGAUGUACAGUUACGACAUUUUCGCUGCGAUGCCAUGCUGCACCGAACGCAUAAAGUGCAACAGCUGCCAGAAGCCACUGCUCUUACCACAUCAGCGACUGAACUUCUACUCCGACUACAGCCGAGUCUUUGCUUGUCCGCAUUGUCGAGCGUUAGACGCGCACUUCGUGAAGCCACUUUCAGCAUGCUACACUCGCGAACAGUUUCAGCUCUAUAGCCAAUGGCCGUAACAGGUGGAGUGUAUAGCGCAACGUUUGAUCACUGCAAGACCAGCCCCGGUCUCCCUGCAUCCGCUGCUCUCUUUGCUGCAGGCGAUACUCUGAGAGUCCGUCUGUCUUACGGUGUCCGUUGACGUCCUGCGUUUUUUUUUUUUUUUUUUCUUUCUUUUCGAAUCCAUAUGUAAAGAAAAAGAAGAAGAAGAAAAAGAAGAAGAAGAAGAAGAAGGAAACAACAAGAAAACAAUACGAACAACGAAGAGGAUGAGAGAAGAAAAUUAAACUCAUAUUUUCUCUCAAUGACGAGAUAAAUAAAUAAAAGCGGCCGUUGGUCGAUGCAAGAGAAACCGGGUAACAACCGAACCGUGUGCGGUGUUCAGGAUAUGAUACCCGUUAUUUUAUGUAGCGAGUCCUCGAUUAUUAUAAGAAAAUUUUACAUUUCUUUUAUUUAUUUAUUUUUUAUUUUUUUAUUUUUUUUUUAUUUUUUCUUCUCUUAUACGUUGGGUUUUUUCUUCGUCACCUUCGAGGCAGCUGUUUUGAAGUAAGCCGCACGCUUCGGUUAUGGGACGGGUGGCGAUGAUGGUCCGGGGAGGUGAAAAGUCAACUGCGUACAUGCGAGAACAUGAUUUUGUAGUUUUUUUUUUUUUCUUCUAAAUUGCCAACAACGACACAGCACCGAAGAGAAAAAAAAAAAUAAAACACACUCGUAUACAUACUAUAUGUAUAUUAAACACGAGAACAUCGGUAACGUUGAAAAAAUGAAAAAUAAAAAUUAAAAAGAAUAAAAAAACAAUUAUUUUCAUUAUAUCGAUGAGUAAAUAAAAUACAGCAGGCACGGGGACUACCAUUUCAUUAAUUAGUCAAAUUAUUAUUAAUCCAAUCAACUUAUCUUUAUUAUAUUACACACGCGCACACACACACACACACACACACACACACAUACACAUGCACGCACAAACGCGUAUAUAUAUAUAUUCAAAUAAACAUGUAUGUAAAAAUAUCACUUUAAAAUAACAAAAAAAAAAAAAAAAAAAAAAAAAAAAAAAAAAAAAAAAACACACACAAACAAAAAAAGAAAAAAAGAAAAAAUUAUGAUGAAAACAAAAUUAUAAUAAAUUAUGCUAUUGUUUGUUACUUAGAUACUGGAUAACGUUGUGUUUUUCUUUUAUCUUUGUUUCUUUCUACCUUUUUUCUUCCAUGUGUUUUUCGUUUAUCUUUUCUUUUCCUUCUUACAUUUGAAUAAGAUUUUUUUUUAUAUAUUUUCCAUGCGGCUGUGUUGAUUUUUUUUAUGAUUUUUGAACGAUCAUACAAUGGGGUUGAAAGAUUGAAUCUUUUUAUGCCGGAUGAAAACGUUUCCAAGUAAUCACAAUAUUACAUUCGUUGGACGCUUUUUGGAUCGAUCACGGUUUGAAACUUUGAACGUAAUUCCUAAUACCGUAUUUUUAACAAUUUUUUUUUUUUUUUUUUCAAUUAUCCUUCUCCAAUUUCCAAGUAGGGGAAUAACGCGAAAUACGUUCUAUUCCCCUACCAAUGAUAAAUAAAGUUUUAAUAAUAUAAAAAUUUUUUACACGUGCUCUCGUCGUAACACAUUAUGCAAUGUUUUAUACGUAUGAUCGGCGGAUAUACAAUAUACAUAUAUAUACACAUAUAUAUAUAUUAUAUAUACAUAGGUAGGCGUGUUGUGAUUAAUGAUCUUUCCAAUCAGCGAUCAAGAAAGUAAUGGUAAAAAAAAAAAAAAAAAAAAAAGUGAAAAAAUUGAAAAAAAAACAUAAAUAAAUUUUAAUUAAAUGAUUAUUAAGAUGAAUUUCUUAAAGAUACCGGUCCAAUUAGAAAAGGGGAACUUAAAUUUAUGACAAUGACGGACAACAAAGUGACCAAAUAUUGAGAAGGUGGAUUGUUUUUUGUUUUUGUUUUUCCAUUUCGGCGAUGCUGGUCGUUGCUGUCCAACUAUAGCGGCCGUCUCGCAGACUUACCGCCCACUCGUUCCCAAAAUUUAGGAAAACUAUUCUACUUAACAUCCUGAUUAAUGCGUAUAAUAUAUUUUAUCUUGAUAAAAGCGAAAUAGCGCAAGUGUAAUACAUACACACACACACACACACACAAAUCUAUAUAUAUAUAUAUGAGCGUGUCAAAUUUUACACACUAAAAUAAUGAAAAAGAAUAGUCAUCAACGGAGAAGGAGAAGAAGAUGGGAGAAGGUGAAGGUGAAGUAGAAAAGGAACUCGAUGCCAAGAUAUAAUGAUGAGAAGCAAAUAGAACUUGGAAUGGCUGGUAAUAGAUGUUUCUUUUCCUUAUUUCUUACUAUCGUCGUUGUUGUUGUUGUUGUUGUUGUUGUUGUUGUUGUUGGUGUUGUCGUUGUUGUUGUUAUCAUUAUUAUUAUUAUUAUUAUUACAUUAUUAUAAUUUUUUAUUAUUGUUUAAGCUAUAAGAACACUUUGAACAAUACCUUCUGUUUUCUCGUCUUCUUUUUCAAUUUGGGAAAGAAUCUUAUUCGAGAAAAAUAUUGACACCUUACCAUCUGCAUAGUUUGUGUAUUCGGUAAAAAGGUUGUAAAAUUUUUCACGCAACGAUACUUUCGCGUACUUUAUUUAGCGUACAUUGUAAACAUAAUUAUAUAUCCUACGAAUACAUAGAAAGAUAGAAAAACAAUAACGAGUAAAAAAGAGAGAGAAAAGCGAUGAAACGAUCGCAUAAGGGAACGAAAUUAUAUACAAAUGUAUGAUAAAUCUGUUUAUGGACAAAAAAAAAAAAAAAAAAAAGAAUUGGACAUCCAAAUAUACGACGCUAUAAUUUAUCAUUAUUUUAUGUAUUCUGUGUCUUGUUCCUCCCCAUUCUCUUGAUCGAAAAUUGACCCAGCUAUUGUAUGAUAUACGAAUGUUUUGAAAUUUCUCAAAGUGCCAAAUAAUUUAUAGGAUUUCAUUAACGCACGUGUUUGCUAUUUUUUUUUAUUUUUUAUUUUAAUUUUUAUUUCAUUUUUUUGUUUAUUUUUUUUUUUUUAUUCUCUCCCUUGUUCCUAUUCUUCCGUUCGGCGUAAACGUUUUCGAGUGAACUGGUUAUCCGAGAUAUCGCACGAGUGGUGUAGGAAACCCUAGGAGGAGGUAUACGCUGUGUGAAAUUAAAAAAAAAAAAAAAAAAUUAACCCCAGAGACACGCAAACAUACACACAUACAUUGUCCCUAAUCACCCACACAGACACGCACGCACAACGAACACUAAAUGCGGUGUAACUCCCUACCGUUUUCAAUUUUUUGCAUACGCAAUAUACGAUAAUGAAAGAUUAAGAGAGGCAAAAAAAAAAUAAAAAUAAAUAAAAAUAAAUAAAUAAUUGAAAAAAUAUUGAAAAAGAAAUGUAUCAAUUUUUAAUUACUUUAUUUUCUUCUUAAUUUCUUUAUCGUUUUCGCGUGCGUUUCCACACCCGGAAGAGCGCCACCACAGUUCCUAUAACAGAGCGAAGGCCGCGCUUGAAAUGUCGUGUGACGAAGAACGAAACUACCAACCGAGUAAGAAAUUGACGAUAAAAAUGUAUUGUUGAAAACGCGGAAGCAUAAAAAAUAAAUUACCUCUACCUGGUAAAAGAACAACCGAGGAAUGCAAAAGAAGAAGGAUAAUUUAAUGGUUCGAUUGGCUUAAGACCAAAAUUAGAUCUUAUGGAUGGAUGAGAAUGAGAAAGGCAGGCAAAAAAAGAAAGAAGAAAAAAAAAAAAAAGAAAAAUGAAAGGAGAAGAAAAAAGAAAGAAAAUUAAAAAAAACCCCUAUUCAAAGUGAUGAUCAAACAAGUCUGAAUCACGUCAUCAAUUCACAUAUUAUACACGUAUUCAUACAUGUUUCAUUUCCAUCACGUUUUAUAGGUAUGCGUACAUUAUCUCUAGGUAUAUACAUAUACAUAUAUAUAUAUAUUAUAUUUGUAUAUCGAACUUGUACUAGAUUUUUCCAAUUGGAAUAGUAUAAUAUAAUCUUUAUAAGGCGUUAAGAAACACGGUCGAUUAUGGGCCGUUUGGAUUUUCAUCGGUUAUACAUACAGACGAAAUUCAUUCAGUAUAAUAACUGACGACGAGUUGAAGUAACUGAAGGGGAAAAGAAAAUGUUACUCGGCACAAUCGUACGUUACGAAAUACCGCCACGUGUGUAUAGUAAUAUUCAUAGACAUAUGUGUAUAGUAUUUCUUAGGUACGUUUUACUUUUCUUUAUACAUAUAUAUAUAUAUAUAUAUAUAUAUAUAUGUACAAAUAUAUGUGUAUAUCUAUUCAAAUUCCUAGCAGUACAAGUAAUUGGUCGUAAUUCGUAGCGUACGUUUGAAAUAACGUGCAAAUGAUUAACUUGAAAAUCUGUAUUUUAUACAGAAUAAAAGAAAGAAAGUAAACGAAACGAAGCAACGGAAUGGAAUGGAAUGGAAUAUGCUUUAUUCGAUACUAGCUGGAGUACGUGAUAAAAGUAUUAAUAAGAAUGAGGAAAGAGAAGAAAAAAAAAAACAAAAAAAAAAAGAAAAACAAGAUGAAACAAAUAAUGGAAAAUAAGCGCGGUUUAGUAAAACUAUGCGAAAUAUGUCCGAUUGCAUAUAACGAUUAAUUUUGAUGUUACAUCGUGUCGUGAAACAAUUAGCGCUUAAUUGUAUCUUCAUUUUUAUUUUUCUUUUUUUCUUUUUCCCGCUGUUGUUUGUUUCGUAUAUAGUUUUUCAUGUACUUUUACAUCACACAACUGUAACAAAUGUGUGAAGAUAUAUUCGUCGGUAACCGAAUAACGCAUGCAUAGAUCUGAGAUUGCAUGUGGGUAAUAGAUAUGAUUAUGUAAUACACGUUGAAAGAAUUUAAUUGAGCUUGAAUUAAUAGGCUUUUGUUAAGUAAGGACUGUGCGAUAUUGAUGUGCUUUUUUAUAUGUAUGAUAUACGUACACGUAAGACAGAAAUCGUGAUUAUUUAUAAUGCGAAAAACUCGAUGAUACGGGAGCGAGAUUUUUAAAUCAAUUGUCUGAAACAAGGCGAUUGAACCGAUGGGUGAUCGAUCGGAGUUUUUCAUUCAAUCGAGUGACGAAGGAAAUCCAUCGACGAACUUUGUAUGAAAUGAAAUGAAAGGAAAUGUAACGUAUUUUACUCAUGGGGCUAAGAAACUAAAAAUUAAAAAAUAAAGAAAACCUACGAUUUAAGUAAUACGUAGGUUCAGGGAUCGGGUAGAGAGUUUAGUAUUGGUGCAAUAUACAGGCAUGAGUACACGAUCCGUAAAUAUAUAAAAUACACCGUAAGAUCGGAAUUCGAUACAUUUUCUUCCCCCCUUGUUGAAUAAACAAAACGGAGAUUAUACGUAAAUUUGUAACGUGGAAAAAAAAAAAAAACAUGGACAUUGGAUUUUGUAUUCUUUCCAUGAGAAUAAAGUUUGUUGUAGAAUUUUAGGUUUGUAUUUGAAAAGAAAUUUAGAUAUACGAUGUAUUUGCUACGCAUGUAUAUGUAUAUAAAUCAUGCAUAUAUAUAUGUGUAUUAGGGUUUAACGCGUACGACGAAAGGUAACCUUUUUUUAUCCCGGUGAUUGUUGUAUACACUAUUUUCUACUUUUUUCUAUCGAAACGAUAGAUUUUAUAUGAUAAUCGAUUCGGUGAGGAGGCAAGGUAGAGUAAGAAUGAGAGAAAAAAAGAGAGAGAUGAAUGAAAAUACGAUUUUGUAUCGACGUUUUUAAAAGAGAAAAUGAGAGAGAAAAAAGAUAUUUAUUGGUAGGCAUACCUACGACCGAUGAUUAACAAACUCACGAAAAUUCAUACGACAUGCCGAGAACUGAUGUAGCAACGGUAGAAACUAUAAAAAAAGAAAAAAAGAAAAAAAUGUACCACGUGUAAAAAUGUUAUAAACGUAAGUUCAAUUCGUCAAAUCGGUCGGUAAUGCGUCAACGUAUAAUAUACAUAUAUACAUGUACUUUAUACACACUUAUCCCGAAAUCAUUCAUUCGGCUUUACUAACGCAAUUCAUUAUGUAGAUCAGUAAAACUUUGUAAAAUUUUUUUCAAUAUUCGAUAAAGCAAUCUACCCGAUAGAGCGCGCGGUGUUUUUCGAUAAAAUAAGGAUUAAGAGAGGAGAUACGCAAUAAGCGAAACGGAUUAAACAAAGAUGUGAAGAAAAGAAAGGUAAAAAAAAAAAUUAAAAAAAAAAAAAAUAUCAAGAAAAAAAAACGGAGACGAGACGGAAAAAUGAACGAUUAUGAGUGGUUGAAUUAUGAAUAGAGUCUAGAAUAAUAAUUACGUAAUUAUAAAUAUAGAGGUUUGAAUCAUCGAUAACGUAAUAUAAUACUAUUAUUAUUAUUAUUAUUAUCAUAUAUAUAUAUAUAUACUAUAUAAAAAUAUUUUAAGUGACUAUUAAGGUUUUUCGAGUGUUCGUGUUGCUGCUUUUUCUCAGGGUUCGAGGGGAGUAAAAAGGAAGGAGGAAAUAAUCGAAGAAAAAAUGAUCCGGUUAGACGUCGUCAUUAACGUGAUUUUUAUUUUCGUAUUUUUUUUUUUUAAUUACGAUGCUUUUUUUUCGUUAUUGGCUUCGAUUAUUGGACGAAACGAAUUUGAAGAAACGCAAGGAUGAAAAAAUAUUCUUUUAGAAAUGAAUCAACCAGAAGAGCGGAAAUGAAAAUAUGUUAAUGCAACUGCUGGACAAACAGUUGCACAUAACUCACAAAGAAUCGCCAGAUUUUUAUUAAAUACACACACACAUAUAUAUUUCAUUUUCUUCACUUAUCGACGAUCGAAUUUAAGGUCAGGAUCGAGAAUUAAUAUUUAAGGAAUAUUAUAGUACGAAAUGAUUAGAAUAGGGAAAAGUAUAUACGAUAUAAUAAAUAGACAAGCUAUAACUUACGUUAAAUCGUGCGAGGAGAUAUCGAGUGGUCAAAGUUCGGGUAAAUAUAUAAAUUAUUAUUAUUAUUAUUAAUAAUAAUUAAAUAUUAAGUAAACGACGGAGUAUAAUCCUUUUUUCUUUUUUCUUCAUUUCCGUUUUAUACGUGUAGUAGAAUAUAAACUGUGUCAUAUUAACGUUCAAAUUCUGAGUAAGUAAUUGAAUAACAACAACAACAACAACAACAACAACAACAACAACAACAACAAUAAUAAUAAUAAUAAUAAUAAUAGUAUCGAUAACUAUUUGUACAAGUUUAUUAAUUAAAUAUUAGCUGACAUUUUUUCCUAGGAUGACGUGUUUGAAUCUAUUUGAUAAUUGACAUGAAAAAAAUGAUAAAUUAUCGGUGUAUAAUAUAAUAACAAAUAACGAUAACAAUAACGAUAAACUAAAACAGUAAUGUAGGUAUAAUAAUAAUAACAAUAAUAAUAAUAGCGUGUAAGAAUUUUCAGCUGUGGUAGACAACUAGAUAUUUAAUUACUGAUCAUUAUGAGCGUGAAAAAUAAUUAUAUAUUUAUUCAUACAUAAUCUAUUUAAAUAGAAACUGAAAUGAGAUACAAAAGAGGAAGAGACGGUGUGAAGAAAAAAUGGAAAAUUCAUUUAAAAAAAUAUAAUAAUAAUAAUAAUAAUUAUAAUAACAACAGUAAUAAUCAUUUAAUCGAAUUAAAUCGGGAAGUGCGAUCGAAUUCCCGUUAAAAUAACAUGGAUCGGGAGUUAAAAUUCGGAAGUAAAGAUGAUGACAAAAUCUUUCAUUUGCGUAACGCGUUAAGAAUAUAUUAAAAAGUCGAAGAAAUAUAAAGAAAAAAAUUAAAAAACAAACAAAUCAACCGGUAAGAAGCGUAACUAAUAAAAUGUGGAUAAAGAAAAUCAGUUUACAAACGCUAUACGUAAUAUUUCAUUUAUCCGAGACGGGAUAUGAUAUGCGGAAAAGACUUCAUGAAAAAAAAAAAAAAAAAAAAAAACUAAUAAUAAUCCCGCGCAGGCAUAUGAAUUAAAUACAAUGCGUUUAUAUUCAUGAGUGUAAAUUGCCAUUAGCACACAUAUAACACGUUGCACGUGUAACAACUCAUUAAUCGUCUGUGUUGAAGUGAAAAAUGAAAAUAAAAAUAAAAAAAAAAAAAAGAAAUCAAAUUUAAACUAUACUAAUUAUUAUUAUUAUCUUCAUAAGUAUACAUGCAAGUAUAUAUACAAAUAUAUGUAUAUAUUUGUGUACCAUUCAAUUAACCGUCACGAAUUAUGCUCAUCACCUAUCCUGCAUAAUUACGAGAGAAUUGUUACAAUUCAAUUAUUCGCCACCGUCUGGAUAAUUUACACCCGAUGUAUAGUGCAGUUGGUUCGUAUAUAUUAACAUUAUCACGUACAGAACAGUUUGAACAAAAGAAUGAAAAUAGACGAAUAAAGUGACGGUUAGAGAAAUAAAAAAUCAUAUAAAAAUACAAAUGAAGACAUAAAUUUAGAACAAAAGACAUGAUAAAUGGGUAACAUUACAUUUGUUGAAGGAAGAAAGAAAAAAAUAAAAAAAAAAAAAAAAAAAAACAGUCUAGAAAAAUAAGAAAGGAGAAAAAGUAAUAAUAAUAAGGCGUGCUAUUAGAACGUAGACCUCAAGAGGACGGUACGUAAAAAUGGUGAUAUUUUGUGAUCAACCAGCGUUAAGCUAAAAAUCCACCUCACAAGAAAAAAAAAAAAAAAAGAAGAAGAAGAAGAAGAAAGAUAAAACUAAAAUUAAAAAAUUGAAAAAUUAAAAAAAAAAAGAAAAAAAGUUUUAGCAAAUUUUGUUUCACGUUUUAUUUUUCGAUUUGAUAAAAGAAUAUUAUAAUAUAGCUUCGGUAAAAUAAUAAUAUACUAAUAAUAAUAUAUAAUGUAGUAUAUAACAUAACUAUAUAUAUAUAUAUAUAUAUAUAUAUAUAUAUAUGUAAUAGAUAACGUUGUAGGUUAUAUUCACGACAUCGCUCCGGUCUAUAACUUCAGGCGCAAGAAUCGAAGUCGCAAUUUUAGUACUAUUUGUUCGUCGUUAUUAUAUACUGGGUGUGUGUGUGUUUUUUUUUUUUCUCCUUUUUUUCUCCCAAACCCCUGAUCCUGUUCCCUGAUGUUUUCUCUGUUAUUGAAUGGAGAAAUAUUCUUCCCUCUCUGUGUUUGAAUCUUAUCGAAAGAGUUUUUGUUGCGAAGAAAGAAAAAGAAAAAGAAAAGAAACACACAAGAAUAACAGCAGUCGUUUUAAAAAUCAAUAUUACGUGUUACAUUAGAUCAUUUUAUAUUGCAUAGCAUAUUAUUAUAACAGAAUUAUAAUCACUAAAUAAUUAUGUAUAGUUUCAAUUGAUUACACGGUUUAAUGUUGAUAUGUUACGAUUAAAACGAAGAAAUAAUUGAUGAAAGGAAAAAAAGAAUACAAAUAACAAUAAUAUCGGCAAAUAAUAAUGAUAAUAAAUAAUAAUAAUAAAAUACCGUUGUAUAACAUUGUUUUUUGUUUCAUGUAUGAAAGAAGAAGAAGAAAGAACAAAAAAAAAAAAAAAAUGAAAGGAAGAUAGAAAACUCGUGUAACACUGAUUAUUCAAAUAUAAUAAUAAUAAUUAUUACAAUCUCACAUUAUAUCUAUAGCAAUAGCCUUAUUGUGAUCGCAACUCAUGGAUACCAGAUUCAAAACAUUUUAUAAAAAGCCACGGACGACACUCUCAUCUUAGAUUUACGCUCGUAUUAUCCGAAGGUCUUAAUUACAACUCUUUCUUUUUUUUUCUUUCCACCCUCUUUGCUUACGUGCAGAUUAUUAAAAGGCCAGUCACACAUAGGAGGAGAUUUUCAUUAGCGGGAUGAAAACUCGGCUAGCCGUAGAAUUUUUUCAAACGAAAAGAUUUUCCCUUGAUUUUAUUAUUCCUCGGCAUUUUGAUUUUCCUAAUUUCGAUUUAUCGAUGACGGUAUGUGAUUGAAAAUAAAGUGAAUCCGUGGUGUCGUGAUCCCUGUUUUCCAGCCCCUUUCGAGGGCAAAACCUGCCUAAAAAAAUAAAAUAAAAUUUAAAGAGAGGAAAAAAAAAACCGAAAACAAAUUAAAAAAAAAAAAAAAAGAGAGAGGGAGAGAGAGAAAAAAUCUACCUAUCAACAACAUUUUAUCGAGAUACGUACAAAAAGAGAAUAUUAAUACAAAUACAAAAACAAACAAAUGCAUCGUACUAAAUACUACUAACCACAGAUAUAGAGAAGAUUACAAUAUUAUAAAAGCCUUUUUACGUGUUGUGCCACAGAAUUUACGAGGAUGACGAGGGAUAUUGAUUCAAUCCUGUAAGAAAAGAAAAUAAGAUACAGUGGGAAUAUGAAAAUGAAAGUAAACAUUUUCUCGAACUUCCAACAACGUCGUAUUUUUUAAAAAUUUUUUAUUUAUUUUUUAUUAUUUUUUUUUGUUGUAUUUCCGAUGCUGCAACACGCCGGGCCAAAUUCUUUUCUUUUUUUUCGUCAAUACAAUUUCUAUAAUGCCGUCAAUUCUCGGGUCAUCCUCUGAUCCGUACAGCAUAAUCCCGAUUAAGUUUAACAGAUUUUUAACCCCAAGCAUCGACAUCCGACCACCUCAACUUCAAUCUCAGUUUCAAACGCAGUUAUCUAUCAUUAACCGAUUUUGAAAGGGAAAUUACUUUAUUCUAAAACAGAAUUACAUGUAGAAAACGAAGGAAAUGAUCCGAUUAGUUUUGCGAAAUAACAUUUAUUUUACUAAAAAAAAAAAUGAAGGGCAAAGAAAGAUGGAAAGAAAUAAGAGGCAAGCUGCUUUUCGACCAAAUCUAGUAAAGUGAAACGCGAUUAAAGCUCGGUGAAAAAAGAAGGAAGAAGAAACUAGAUGAUGUGAAAUAUUGAUUAGAGACCGAGAGGUGAGACUCUGACCCCUAUGGAUAUCUAUAAUGUGGCUUCCCGGAAGCCCUUUGCCUGAAAGAAGGCUUAGUAAAGAGGGCGGCCUCGUGAAAAAUCGCCCUUCUCAAGGGUUGAAGCGUUGGUGUUGGUUAUACGCACACUUUCCGGUAUCACGGUCGCGUUAUAAUUCCCUCCCAACUUUUCCACGCCGUUUAAUCUCUUUUCAAGAAUUUCGUAAAAGUUGAGGAAAAAUAAAAAAAAAAAAAAAAACACCUAUUUUAACACUUUCAGAAUCACUACGACGAAAAGGCGAGCCGAAGUCGCGGAAGUUUAAAAAUUCGACAUUUAUUCCAGACGUUUCUUUACUUCAAUGAAUUUACUUUCUUUUUUUCGCCGAAUUGUCUCGCUAAUUUUUUUUUUUUUUUUUUUUCUCUCUUCCAACUGCUAAGAAGGCGAACAUUUUCAGGAAGUUUAACUAACGAUGGACGAAAUCGAUCACCGGAGUAACCUUUGCAAGGAAUAAAAACACAGAGCGACGGAAAAAAGUCGAGAUCAAGGAGCAGAGAUAACAGUGAAGAUGUGGUGGAGUAGUUUCGGAGUGUGAGAAGAAAGGUGAAAAAUUAAUUUCGACAAAUCUCGGGGGAUCGGAUUUUGGUUUUUCAAGUUUGGUCUGACAAUGAGAUGGAAGUUUGAAGGUUGGAUGUUGACAAAGGUACAAAUGUACAUAGGAAGAUGAUAUUGUUAUUACAUACCCUAUAUCACUGUCCCUCUGCUGACGCGGGUUUUUUUACAUAUUAAAAGGAGAAAACUACAAAGUUGCGUUCGGGCGAAUUGAACAGCGUUUUGAAAGAGUUUUUUAUCACACCUAUAACGAUAAAAUGUACAAGGUUCGAUGUAUAAUAUGUAGAAACGGUGUGUGGUACGGAAGAGGAGAAUAGAAAUCGUGUAAUCUUUCAUAAUUUCUACAUCGCAUUCCGUUUCAUUGAUCUUUAGAAUUAUGCGCGAGGUAUUUAACGUGUAUAAAUAGCUAUUUAUAUGAUAUAUUUGAUAUUUUAAGAGAGUGAAAUAGCGCGUGCUUUCGAUACGACAUGUUAACAUUGACGCCGUAAACAACGUGCAUGAUGGGAUAUUUUAUUAGCGAAAAGUAAUGAAAUAAAUACAAGGAAAUAUAUGACGGACAAAACUACGAUGUUACUAAACAAUUUUUCUUUCGCUCUAACGCAACGGCCGAAAUAAAUUGAAGAAGGAAGAAAAACAAAUUAAAAAAUAACGCAAAGUACUAUAAAUACCUAAAUAAUGAUAAUAAUCAUAGUUAAAAUAAUACCAAUAAUAAUAAUAAUAAUAAUGAUUAUGGUGGAAAUAGAAAUUAAAAAAUUCCGAUAGUAGAUUUAGACCAAGAUGAUACGAUAUCAGUUAUCGAAAUACACGGUUUAAUGAAAACAGUGUCGCAGGGUUGAAUUGACAUUAUUCAAAACCGUUUUACGUUUCUUAAUUGAAUAUUGAUGUUAUAGAUGUUUUUCGUUUUCAUCGUUAUCAGUUGCAUUCUUUUAUUAUCUUAUUAAUAUUGCCAGACUUCACUUUGCACAUUUUAAACAGCUAUUUUCGUAAAAAUUACAUAUAGCUGAGGUUUGUUAUAUAUAUUACAUAUAUAUUUACAUUAAACAAUUAAUCCGAUUCAGUUGAUACAAUAAUAAUUGUUCCAAGAAAAUUAAUUCUCACAGUAUAACAUAUAUUAUGAACGAUGUGUUUAACAGCUUGCAGAAAAAUAUAUGUGUACAUAAAUAUACAUUGGCGCGUUUCGAGAUAACAUGUAAUUCAACAUUAAUCGCUAUGCAUAGUUGUAUAAUCUAAUGAUAGUUAUAACAAUAAUAUUGAUAACGUUAGGGCUUAGCAGGUAAUUAUUAGGAACUUUUUUUUUUGUUUUUUUUUCAUGUCUUCUGUACAAGCAUUAUUAUAAAUAAUCUUAACAUUCAAUUGUAUGAAUGGGCGUGCGAAUGUUGCUAAAAGUCUCCUCCACAUAUUUAACCACGUAAUAUAAUAAUCGACUAAACGUAUUUUAUGAUACAUGUUUAACAAUAAUUAAUCAUAUAUUUUGUCGAUAUAUAAUAAUAACAGCAAUAUACAUGUAUUAAAAUCGUGCGUAACGUGUACUUGAUAAAAAACGAGUAAAAAAAAAAAAAAAAAAAUUAAAAAAAAUAUAUCGCGGACAAUUUUUACUACUAUCAAACCAUGAUUGGUGACGCAAGUAAUUAUAAUAAUAAUUGAUUAAACUAACGACGUAAACAUAAAACUUAGAAUGAAGACGAUCGGUAAAAAUUGAACGAUUAUGAUUCGUGAGAAUUUGACGCCAAACUUUUUGAAAACUUUUUUCUAAAUUUUCUAAUGCACUAUUAUUGCUAUUAUAUACGAUAUGCGUACAUUUAUGCAUAAUGCUUAAGGGCUAAGUUCGGGAUUGUACGGAUUAAGGAUAUUAUAUAUUAUAGUAUUGAUAAAAGCGAGCUGGUAAGAAAAUGAAUUAAGAAUCUAAAUUAAGAAUUUCGUAUGUAUUCGCUAUUGUAGGAAAAUCGGGGCAUUUUAAUUCGGCUGUGUCAAAACGAUGAUUAAAAAAAAAAAGAGGGGAAGAAACGAUAUAGAAAAAGUUGAAAACAAAAAAAAAAAAAAAAAAAAAAAUGGGGGGGAAACGUUUAAAAUCAUAGAUUUGAUAAGGCGUAAAAUUAGAAUGAUAAUUUUUGUACCCUAUUUUUUUAACAAUUGGUGUCGAUCGAGCGAGUCUCUCGCCUGUAAAAUAUACAGUAUAAGGUGUACAAUGUGUUAUAACCUAAGGUGAGAGAGAUCGCGGAAACAAAUGAAAAGCAAAAAAGAAGAAAAAAAAAAAAAAACGAAAAGGAAAAGCUUGGAAUUUAUCAAAAUUAACUUAUUAAACAUACGAGUAACGAUCAGGCUAUCCUUACCUAGUUUUUGUAAUUGCGAUUACAUUCUUAUUACGGCAUGUAAUUAUCGUCAGGCAUAGAAUAAAGAAAGCAGGUAUUAGAAAUCGGCAAACGCGUUAACGAAUAAUUACUCGCAAAAUGACUCGGAUCAAAAAAAGGGGUAAAACAAGAGAAAAGGAUGAAGAAAAUUGAGAAAACGAAGAACAGAAAAAAUACUGAUAUUUGCCCAAAAACUUAGCCCAAAAUUUUCUUCAAAAUUCUUCCAAAAUUCUCGUACAAUGAAAGAUAAACGAGUAAUGUUUAUUAAUGUUACAAACUAAGACGAGGAUACGUUCAUCGGAUCUCUGCAGUCUACGAAUGAAAUUCCUGUCAAAUAAUAUAAAGUCAUCAUUAUUUUAUAGUAUAUUAAUAUGAAAAAUCGUAAAAUAACGUAUAUACGUUUUGCUCGAAUUCAACAACUCGCUGUGUUGUCGGAUACACGUAUUGUUAGACAGGUAUUUUCACGAAUGUAAUAACGAUAAUUUAUUACGCGUAUUCAUAACUUAAUAAAUCGUAUACUCGAUAGUAUGACGGCAUAAAUUCAACGUUAAUAAUCGAUUAGGUAAGCACGUAAUGAUAAUAAUACCUACUAAUGUAAUAAUAAUCCUAACGUUUGUUAUGAUUAAGUUAAUGACAAUGACAUUGAUGACGGCGACGACGAUUAUUAUUAUUAUUAUUAUUAUUAUUACAUUUAAACGUAAUUAAAUUAUGAUAAAUUAAUAGUGUUACCAACCGAUCGGAACGGCAAGGAAGCAGCUCGGGAGCGAUUCAAAAUAAUAACGAAGUAUUUUGAAAUGCAAAUCAUGCGCAAAUUGAUGCUGGUAGUGCGGACCAAACGGGACAACUGACAGAAAAGAUGAAUAGAGACUUUCGAAAGGAAAUUUAAAAAAAGGAAAAAACGCUGACUAAAAAUAAGAAAAAAAAAAAAAACAAUGAACAAACGAGGGUAAAAGUGUAAAUUUAACGCCGCUCCAUCGGAAAGUCAACGGUUCAAGUCGUUCGUACCUAUAGUGAUUAAUUAGUAAGCGUUAAAGGCGAUUCUGUCCGAUCGAACGCGAAUGGGAGAGAAAAAAAAAAGAAACAAAAAUUUCGUCGCGAAAUUCCAUUCGUCGAAGAAAAGAAGAAAAAAAAAAAAAAUCGACAAGAAAUUUUUGCGACCUCGGUAUAAUUCUCUGCAAUCGACGUGAUUGUUACACGCGUUUAUUUUGGACAGACUCGCUUGCAACGGGAAAACCGUAAUUGGCUACGUGGUAUUCAAAAGCGAUACGAUAUGCUGAAAUUUUUUAAUAAGGCAUGUAAUAUAAAAUUACGUAAAGUUAAUUUUUCUCAACCGUGUAAUGUGCGCAACGUUAUCGAAGUAAUCCGGUCAAGAAUAUUUCGCGGAUCGUAUGUUUGUUUUUUGCUUUCUCUUUAGAUUUCCAGUUUCCUCAAUUUUUUUUUUUUUUUUUUUUUUUUUUUCCAUACGAAAAAUUUUUCACAAUACGUGAAACGUCGAAGCGUUGAGACUAAUCGAAGAAAAUUAAUGAUAACGAAACGAAUUCUUAUGAUAUACACGUAUACACGUGUCAGUUGAUUCACGUUCCAAGGAUUGUUGGACGACCGCGCGGCUACUGCUGAUAAACGUGAAUAUUAUAGGCUGUUAUUAUUUUUGUAAAAUUUUCAGAAAAAAAAACCCAAAAAAAAAAAAAAAAAAAAAAAUCAAUCCUAAUUAAUUGGCAUUGUAUUAUUGUAUUAUACGGAUCGUGAUAUAAGUAAUUUUACGCAGUUUCGUACGCCUGUAAGUCGUCGUCCUUCUCUCCUCUUGCAUCGCGCGUGAGUCUCCCUCCGUCGAAACAAGUGAAGAAAGAAGAAAAAACAAAAAAAAAAAAAAACAACUCCCUUUGCACUUGAUGGAAAUAAUUUUUCUACGCGAUUUUUCUGACAUCUCGGUAAAUGAAUAAAAUAAGAUAUGAUAUGAAAAAAAA